CUCUGUGCAGCACGUGCCAGUUGAACUUCCAAACGGCUAUGCUUGCCAGGACCACGUCGACGAAAGACACAACGAAAUGCAUGGAAGGCUUUACGUACGCUAACUGUGUGGAACUGACGCCCAGUACAGAGAAGGCGUGUGAUGGAGCAACAACCCAGGCUACCAUGGUAACAAAGUCGUUGGACAAAGCCAAGGCUGACUGUCCGUAUGCUGGUACCACGGCCGUCAAGUCCUCCAUUGCCAUAAUGGUCGCGGCUCUGUUUUUGUCGUACCUCAAGUUUUAGUUCCCACCUUCUUGUGACAAUUAGCCAAGUGCGACACUGACAGUUGUCGUACCCUCGCGAUGCUGGCGAGUCCAUAUCUGAAAAUGUAAUGGGUCAAUGUGUCCAGUUUCAUCCUUUUAACCAAAGGUGCACAGUUGUUUUGUUAGCCGCCCCACUAAACUAAAAGGUAAUUUCAAUGGCAAAUCAAGUUUAGAGGUUGGCCGACA